AGCGCGGCCUGCCCCACGGCGAGCGAUUAUCGGCUCUGACCCACCCGGGGCUGCUCGUCCCAGCCAGCACAACCCGGGUGCAAAGGCUUGGCUCAUGUUUGACAGUGAAGAGAGAAACAAACCUGAAGGACAAUGGAUGCAAAGGCCCGGAAUUGUUUGCUUCAACAUAGAGAAGCUCUGGAAAAGGACAUCAAAACAUCCUACAUCAUGGAUCACAUGAUCAGUGACAACGUCUUAACAGUAGCCGAGGAGGAAAAAGUGAGAAGUCAGACCACUCAAUAUCAACGAGCAGCUGUUUUAAUUAAGAUGAUACUUAAUAAAGAUAACUGUACCUACAUUUCAUUCUACAAUGCUCUGCUACAUGAGGGAUAUAAAGACCUUGCCGCCCUUCUUCAUAGUGGCCUUCCUGUCCUUUCUUCUUCCAGUGGCAAAGAUACAGACGGCGGAAUAACGUCAUUUGUUAGGACUGUGCUGUGUGAAGGUGGAGUACCACAGAGGCCAGUUAUUUUCGUCACUAGAAAGAAGCUGGUGAAUGCAAUUCAGCAGAAGCUCUGGAAACUGAAUGGUGAAGCAGGGUGGGUCACCAUAUAUGGAAUGGCAGGCUGUGGGAAGUCUGUAUUAGCUGCGGAAGCUGUUCGAGAUCAUUCCCUCUUAGAAGGUUGUUUCCCAGGAGGUGUACAUUGGGUUUCAGUUGGAAAACAAGACAAGUCUGGCCUUCUGAUGAAACUGCAGAAUCUUUGCACACGGCUGGAUCAAGAGGAGAGUUUUUCUCAGAGGCUUCCACUUAAUAUCGAGGAGGCUAAAGACCGUCUCCGUGUUCUGAUGCUCCGCAAACACCCAAGGUCUCUGUUGAUCUUGGAUGAUGUUUGGGAUCCUUGGGUGUUAAAAGCUUUUGACAACCAGUGUCAUAUUCUUCUCACAACCAGAGAUAAGAGUGUUACAGACUCAGUAAUGGGUCCUAAGUAUGUUGUCUCUGUGGAGAGUGGUCUAGGGAAAGAGAAAGGACUGGAAAUCUUAUCACUUUUUGUUAACAUGAAGAAAGAGGAUUUGCCAGUGGAAGCCCACAGUAUUAUAAAAGAAUGCAAAGGUUCUCCUCUCGUAGUGUCUUUAAUUGGUGCACUUUUACGUGAUUUUCCCAAUCGCUGGGCAUACUACCUCAGACAACUUCAGAAUAAGCAGUUUAAGAGAAUAAGGAAAUCUUCCUCUUAUGAUUACGAGGCUCUGGAUGAAGCCAUGUCUAUAAGUGUUGAAAUGCUCAGAGAAGAUAUCAAAGAUUAUUACACAGACCUCUCCAUCCUGCAGAAGGAUGUCAAGGUCCCUACUAAGGUGUUAUGUGUUCUCUGGGACUUGGAAACCGAAGAAGUUGAAGACAUACUGCAGGAGUUUGUUAAUAAGUCUCUCUUAUUCUGUGAUCGGAAUGGAAAGUCAUUUUGCUAUUAUUUACAUGACCUUCAAGUAGAUUUUCUUACAGAAAAGAAUCGAAGUCAGCUUCAGGAUCUACAUAGGAAAAUGGUCACUCAGUUUCAGAGGUAUUACCAGCCAAAUACUCUAUCUCCAGAUCAGGAGGACUGCAUGUAUUGGUAUAACUUCCUGGCCUAUCACAUGGCCAGUGCUAAUAUGCACAAAGAACUUUGUGCUUUAAUGUUUUCCCUGGAUUGGAUUAAAGCAAAAACAGAACUUGUUGGCCCUGCCCAUCUCAUACAUGAAUUUGUGGAAUACAGGCAUAUAUUGGACGAAAAGGACUGUGCAGUCUGUGAGAAUUUUCAAGAGUUUUUGUCUUUAAAUGGACACCUUCUUGGACGGCAGCCAUUUCCCAAUAUUGUACAGCUGGGCCUCUGUGAACCAGAAACUUCGGAAGUGUAUCAACAAGCAAAGCUGAAGGCCAAGCAGGAGGUGGACAGUGGGAGGCUUUACCUCGAGUGGAUAAAUAAGAAGACUAUCAAGAAUCUCUCCCGCUUAGUUGUCCGCCCCCACACAGAUGCUGUUUACCAUGCAUGCUUUUCUCAGGAUGGUCAGAGAAUAGCUUCUUGUGGAGCCGAUAAAACCUUACAGGUCUUCAAAGCCGAGACGGGGGAGAAGCUUCUGGAGGUCAAAGCUCACGAAGAUGCAGUGCUCUGCUGUGCAUUCUCUUCAGAUGACAGUUACAUAGCCACCUGCUCAGUGGAUAAAAAAGUUAAGAUUUGGGAUUCUGCGGCUGGGAAGCUAAUACACACCUAUGACGAGCACUCAGAGCAAGUCAAUUGCUGCCAUUUCACCAACAAAAGUAAUCCCCUCCUCCUGGCCACUGGCUCAGAUGACUUCUUCCUCAAACUCUGGGAUUUGAAUCAAAAAGAAUGUCGAAAUACUAUGUUUGGGCAUACAAAUUCAGUCAGCCACUGUAGGUUCUCACCGGAUGACGAGUUACUGGCUAGCUGUUCAGCUGAUGGAACAUUAAAGCUUUGGGAUGUGAGGUCAGCGAACGAGAAGAAAAGCAUCAGUGUGAAACGGUUCUUCCUGGGUUCAGAGGACCCCCCAGAGGAUGUGGACGUCAUAGCGAAAUGCUGCUCCUGGUCUGCAGACGGUGCUGAAAUAAUGGUGGCAGCAAAAAACAAAAUCCUUCUUUUUGAUACUCAUACUAGUGACCUAUUGACAGAGAUCCAUACAGGCCAUCACAGCACCAUCCAGUACUGUGACUUCUCCCCCUGUGACCAUUUGGCAGUGGUCGCCCUGUCCCAGUACUGUGUAGAGUUGUGGAAUAUAGAUUCACACUUAAAGGUAGCUGAUUGCAGAGGACAUUUAAGCUGGGUUCAUGGUGUGGUGUUUUCUCCCGAUGGUUCAUCAUUUUUGACAGCGUCUGAUGACCAAACAAUACGGGUCUGGGAGACCAAGAAGGUUUGCAAGAACUCUGCGGUAGUCUUAAAGCAGGAAAUAGACGUUGUGUUUCAAGAAAACGAAGCGAAGGUCCUUGCAGUUGACAACAUCAGAGGCCUACAACUCAUUGCUGGGAAAACAGGCCAGAUUGAUUACCUGCCUGGAGCUCAAGUGAGUUGCUGCUGCUUAAGUCCACAUCUUGAGUAUGUGGCGUUUGGAGAUGAAGAUGGAGCCAUUAAGAUUAUAAAACUCCCAAACAACAGAGUUUCCAGCUCUAGGAUUGGACACAAGGCAGUUGUGCGGCACAUACAGUUCACAGCUGACGGGAAGACACUCAUUUCAAGUUCUGAAGAUUCCCUAAUUCAGGUGUGGAAUUGGCAGUCAGAAGACUACAUCUUUCUGCGGGGCCAUCAGGAAACAGUGAAGGACUUCAGGCUCCUAGAACAUUCAAGAUUGCUUUCCUGGUCGUUUGAUGGAACAGUGAAGGUAUGGAAUAUCAUUACUGGGAGGAUAGAAAGAGACUUCACUUGCCAUCAGGGUGCAGUACUUUCUUGUGAUAUUUCCUCUGAUGCUACCAAGUUUUCAUCUACCUCUGCCGAUAAGACUGCAAAGAUCUGGAGUUUCGAACUGGCUUCCCCUCUUCACGAGUUGAAGGGUCACACCGGCUGCGUCCGCUGCUCUGCCUUCUCUCUGGAUGGUACCCUUUUGGCAACUGGAGAUGACAACGGAGAAAUCAGGAUAUGGAAUGUCUCAAGUGGCCAGCUCCUUCAUUUGUGUGCCCCGAUUGCAGUAGAAGAAGGGACAGCUACCCACGGAGGCUGGGUGACUGAUCUUUGCUUCUCUCCCGACAGCAAAAUGCUUGUCUCUGCUGGAGGAUAUCUUAAGUGGUGGGAUGUUGUCACCGGGGACCCCUCACAGACCUUCUACACAAAUGGAACGAACCUCAGGAAAAUACAUGUGUCCCCUGACUUCCGGACAUAUGUGACUGUUGAUAAUCUUGGUAUUUUAUAUAUUUUACAGGUUUUAGAGUAAAAUGGCUAAGCAUAAAUGUAGUUCAGCUCUUUAAUUUUGAAUUGGAAAAAAAUUGAAACUGUACAUCAACAUUUUAUAAUACUGUGAAUUGUAUUGUAGUAUUGCAUUCAUUACAGAAGUGUUUAUGGCUGAAUGAGUAAUGUUAGUUUAGCUGUCUCUACAAAUGAACAUACUUUUACUUUUUUAUAGUCAUCACUGUUAUUAACAAAUGAACAUACUUUUACUUUUUUUAUAGUCAUCACUGUUAUUAACAAUUUGUUGUUAACAUGCAAAUGGAUGUAAAUAUGUACCUUGUUACACUAUUGGUAAACUUCUCCGAUGCAUUCAAAUUGGUUGGCAUAAUUAAUGAGAACCAUCUGAAGGAAUUCUGUGUGUUGACGCUAUCAUUCAUUAUGCAGGCUAUGCUGCAAGGUAAUGGUGGUUGGUUUUCUGAGCCACACUUACCCCCCCCAGGGGGUAUGGUUUUCCAAAUACAAUCAUGUUGCUUAUUUGCACUCUUUAAAUUUGCUUUAAAAUACAGUGUCUUUGUGCACAGUCUGCAACAUUUCUUUUGACAACUCAGUGAGUGAGUGUUGUAUUUCAGGUUCUUUCCAUGAGCUAAAGUCUUGUGGUAGAGAGAUUACGUUUCUCUCUGUAGCCAAUGGCAGCCUUGUGUGUGGCUGAACUCUGGUUGCCAGCGUCUGAAUUGGGCACCACCCUGCUCUCUGUUUUGUUUAUUGUAAAGACAGGGUUUCUUUGUCCCGACUGUUUUGGAACUCACUCUGUAGAUCAGGCUGGUCUCAAUUCAGAGAUCCUCCUGCCCUAAAGGUGUGCACCACCACCAUCCAGCCCUCUGUUUUUUACUUAUUACUUGACUAAGCUUAACCCUCUGUUCCAUAGUUAGCUGUUAGUAAGUCAGUGAAAUGUGAAAUGGUAGAACAUACUUCUCCUUUAAUCUGUUUACUUUUUAUCAGUGCUGUUCUCGUUAUGACUUUCAAGAGAAUUGUUAUGAUUUCUGUUCCACAGAAACCUCUGAGACCCUGGAGGUGAUGGCUUUCUCUUUCCCCUCACUUCCUGCUUCCUGCCUCCUCCCCCAACCCUAACCCCCAUUUUUCCCUGGGAAAUGGGAACUCAUUAUAUCGUGGUGAUUGUAUUACGUAGACCCUGUGGUCCUCCUGCAUGAGACCCCUAAGUAGCUGGGAGAGACGGCUUUUAAUGCAGAGAAAACUUUGCAACAUCAGUAACUAGUUUUGUUUUUAACCUCCUUUUAGAAUCUUUAGCUGAAGCUUAAAUUUAAUUACUUUUCCCAGAAAUAUUAAGGACAAUAGAGAUUAAUUAGUAAUAGAUUAGUUUUCAUUAUUUUGUUAGUUUUUUUGAGACAGGGUUUCUCUUUAUAACACACUAGCUGUUCUGGAACUUGCUCUGUAGACAGGCUGGCCUUGAAUUCACAGAGAUCUACUUGCCUCUGCCUCCUGAGUGCUGGGAUUAAAGGUGUGCACCACCACUGCCCAGCAAUAAUAGAUAUAAUUUUCAAAUAAAAUAGAAAUCAAACAUCUUCCUUCUGCAAUAGGAAUUAAUGAGUGGUAGCAUUAGUAGUUGAUAGUCAGUGAAGCUUUUCUGUUGUCAGUGCAUAUCACUAGCUGUGGUGUGGCAGAGGGGAUAAACCACUAAUGUAGCUUUUAUUUCUUUGUGGUGCUAAAGAUCAAAAGCAGGGGCCUUGACCAUGUUAGACAAGCACUCUGCCACUAGGUACCCCAGCUGUAGACGAGCUUGAGAUUAGCUAGACCCGCAUGGCAUUUGCAGGAACUGUGAUUAGAGUGAACCAGAGUUUGGACAGAGUUAAGGAUGUUUAUUUGUACCUUUUUUUGGUUGGUAGGUUGAGGAACUAGUUUACACACUUACUGUGAUUUAAGCAGAUGUGAUAAGUGAAAAAUCUUAAUUUUAUAAAAAUAAAUAUGUGAAUAGCAUGUCUUGCUUAGAAUUUGCUGCGAAUGACUCAAACUUCGCUCCUCAGAUAACGCUCAUGGGUUGUCUGCUCUGUAGCUGGGUACUGGAAGUGAAAUAGUAAACACCAGUUUGUUAAAGUCUUGGCCUUUGUCUUAAACAUAAAGUGCAGUGGGAGGCAGAGUAACACAAACAGGGAGACAGCUGUAGCUUGCGUUGCAGCUCCCAGGGCUGGCGAGAGGGCGUGGCUUGUGGGCUGUGGAUGAGCUCUUUGAGCUCUUUGCUUGCUGUACUUUCUAUGUGAGCAAUCACAUUGGACUUUGUAUAUGUAAAGGUGGUUUGUAUCAAGUGUUUUAUGUACUUUGAAGACUUUUUGUAUUUAUAACUUACAUGUGUUAAUUAUUUUUUUUUUGCCUUGGAAUACUGUUUAAACAUGAAUUUUAAAAACAAAUAAAAUUUCUGAAGGUUUUUGAGAA